GUGUGUUCGUCUCAACGAAGCACGAAAUAUGUCUCCUCUCAGCAAAGACGCACACACUAACGGGAGAUGUGCUAGUUAACGGUUUUUUGAUAUUGAAAGUUUUGAUUUUGUCGACUUAAGAUUGUUUCGAUGUUAUACUCUGUAUAUUAAAACAUUCCGCUUGUAAAACGCAAUAUUUAUUGGCCAAGAGCUGCCGACUUCGUUUCUACUAAAGAGUGUCCGCUUCCCCUCCCCUCGAUGAAGCGCUGCGAUGCCCUCUGAUUUUAUAUCCCUCCUUAGCUCGGAUCUCGACCUCAAUUCCCCCAAAUCUCUAUACUCGAAAGAGUCGGUAUAUGACCUCCUCCCCAAAGAGCUCCAGCUCCAGCCGUCGUCCACCCAGACAGACCCACCCACCAUGAGCCAGAAGAGUGGGGGAGAGGCGGGCCCUCCCCCCUCUGCAGCCUUGGCUUCAGAUGCCACCUCUUCCACCUCCAGCCCCUCUGCCUCUUCCUCCCUGGCCAUGGGAGUCCCAUCCACUGGCUCUAUCUCAUCCUCAGAGCAUCUCAAGAUUCCCCAGCAUCUCCACUCCACUGGAGGGGAUGGAGCUGGAGCUUCAGAGAUUCAAGGUAUGGAGGGUGCUGUGUCUGCACCCAGCAGAGGCAGCAGUGGAGCAAACACCGCGUCAGGAGACACAGGGUCAGGAGCGUUGUCAGGGCUAGGAGUCCAGCAGCCUCAAAACACCCCAUCAAAACGGAGGCCCGUGUUGAGCAUAUCCCCGCCACCUGAGGAUCUAUUUGACGACAGCCAGAUGUCUUGCCAAGAGGAGCCUGCCAUAUCUGGUCCAAUAGGUCCAGAUUCAGAGCAUAGCAGCAGCAUGUGGGCUGAUGACUCCGUCUCCAACUUCAGCUUGAUCAGCUCCGUCUCCUACAAUGACAACACAGAGGUGCCGCGCAAGUCGAGGAAACGCACCCCUCGCCAACGGCCUGGGCCAAAGCCUGCUCCUCCAGAGGACAGCAUGGAUGUGUUUGAUGCCGACAGCGCCAAGGGCCCUCACUUUGUCCUAUCCCAGCUGGGCACAGACAAGACCAGUCCCAUAGCUAGCUCUCUCGAGUCAGGAACUGCAGUGAAGGGUGGGUCACUAUCUACUCAGUUCCCCCAGAGGAGUGAUGGGAAAGAGCUAAAGAUCUUGGUGCAGCCAGAGACCCAGCACAGAGCUCGCUAUCUGACCGAGGGCAGCAGAGGUUCUGUAAAAGACCGCACACAGCAGGGAUUCCCCACUGUCAAGUUGGAAGGCGUGAAUGAACCAGUUGUGCUGCAGGUGUUUGUUGCGAAUGAUGCAGGCAGAGUAAAGCCUCACGGUUUCUACCAGGCAUGCAGAGUGACAGGGCGCAACACCACUGCUUGCAAGGAGGUGGACAUAGAGGGCACCACUGUUAUUGAGAUCCCUCUGGAGCCGAGCAAUGACAUGACACUGGCGGUGGACCGUGUAGGAAUUUUGAAGCUGCGUAAUGCAGAUGUGGAGGCCCGUAUAGGUGUGGCAGGGUCCAAGAAGAAGAGCACACGUGCCAGGCUGGCCUUCAGAGUCAACAUCCCCCAACCUGAUGGAUCAGCCCUUACUCUACAGGUCGCUUCAUCACCCAUCCUCUGCACCCAGCCAGCAGGAGUGCCAGAGAUCCUGAAGAAGAGUCUUCACAGCUGCUCAGUGAGAGGAGGAGAGGAAGUUUUUAUCAUCGGGAAGAACUUUCUCAAAGGAACCAAAGUUAUUUUUCAGGAGAAUAUUGCAGAUGAUAAUUCCUGGCACGCUGAGGCAAAGAUUGACAUGGACCUUUUCCAUCAGAACCAUUUGAUAGUGACAGUCCCUCCGUUCCACAACCAGUCACUCACUUCUCCCAUUUCUGUGGGAAUAUUCGUGAUGACCAAUGCUGGUAGAUCACAUGAUGCCCAGCCCUUCACCUACACUCCAGACUCAGCUGAUAACUCAAAUGUCCAGACAGUAAAAACAGAGGGACCCUCUCUGGUCAAGACAUGUAUAUUUGAUGGCCAGAUCAAAUCUAUAUCUCCUGAGCAAACUGACAGCUCUGCUCCGCCUUCCAAGCGGCAAGAGGACACACCAAUGGAAGUGUCUAGCAAUCCACCACCGACAGAUGUCUUUAAGCCGUCCCCUGACCCUCUUGUUGUGGUGCAGCAGACGCUGGAGCUCCGCUCUAGUCCUCACCCGGGUGGAGAUUCCUUUCAGAGCCCAAUGCCUCUACAACCUGAAGAUGUGGAUCUUCCCCAGGCGCCUCCUGUCUUCCCCAGCCUAGAGUCUCUCAGCACCAUACAAAAGCAAGACAUUGCCCCCACAACCUCCUUCCCAGUGCCAGGCGAUAUUACAAUUCCCCCUGUGACACCAGAGGUCCCUCAACAAUUCCUCAGAGACCCUCAGGACAGCAUACCUCCUGAGAGCUCCAAUAACAAUGGAGGGGUCGUAGUUGUGGCCAUGUCCCAGAUAGCGACUCCCUCUCAGCCCCAGCCACAACAGUCGCAGGUUCCCCUGUUCCCCCAGGAAGGGGUGGCCCAGCUGGAGAGGGCAGUCAGGGAGCUACAGGCUGGAGGUAGCACCACGCUUCAGCAGGUGUUGGAGGCGGCUGUAGCCCAGCAGCAGCUGAACUCAGUGCUGUACAGCCCCACCCCCUCUGCCGACUCCCUUCAGCAGCACGUCCAGGAGAACAUGAAUAGCCUUAGAUUGGGAACCACCGAUAAUUCAUUAUCAACACAGCAACAGCUACAGAUACAACAGCAACAGCAGAUACAACAGCAGCAACAGAUACAACAGCAGCAACAGAUACAACAACACCAACAGCAGAUACAACAACAACAACAGCAACAACAAAUACAGCAACAGUUUCAACAGCAUCAACAACUGCAGCAACAACAGCAAAUCCUGGGUACCCUCCAGCAGCAACAACAACAGCAACAACAGCAACACUUACAGCAGCAACAGCAGCAAGUUCCCGGCAACAUGCAGAUCCAACAACAACUUAUGUUACAGCCACACGACCAGCAGCAACUGCAGCAGCAGCAGCAGCAAAUCAUGGAGAAUAUUCAACAGCAACAACAGUUGCAACAAAAUCAGCAACAGCAAGUGCUAAACAACAUCCAACUUCAGGAUCAGCAACAACAAAAUCAAAUACUAACUAAUUUACAGCAACGUCAGCUACAGCAGCAGCAGCAGCAGCAGCAACAACAACAACAGCAUAAUCAACAACAGCAGCAGCAGCAGCAGCAGCAAAAUCAAGUGUUGAGCAACUUACAAUUGCAAGAGCAGCAGGUGUUGGAGAAUUUACAGCAGUGCCUUCAGGCUGAGUUGCUUCAGCCCCAGAUCCACUCCUCCCCCCAAGGACAGCAGCCAGUGUCCAUCCUCCAACAGGCCGGAGAGCUGCUCACCAUUCAGACCAGCUUCCCAACGCAGCCCCCAUCCCACACAUCUCCCCCACAGCAGCUCUUUCAAUCGCCCAGGCCCUUGGCUGAGACCCAGGGCUCUCAGCAGCAGGUCCAGGCGGCCCUGCUCCAGAAUACGCUGACCGUUCUGACAAGUGGCAGUCUCAACUCAGAGCAGCAGCCCGCAGGGUCAACACUAUACCUGUCCCCAAACCCUCAGCCCCACCACCAACAACAACAGCAGCAGCAGCAGCAGCAGCUGGCAUUCAUCUCCUCCAUGGAGACAUCUAACAGUCAGCCCCAGUCUGUUGCUAUGUUUCAGAACCAACCCCAAGCUCAGCUUUCCCAAAUGCAACAACAAAGCACCCCAAUGGAGCAACAGCAGUCUCCACAGCAGAACCAACAACAGCCAACGCAGCUUUCAUUGGGCCAGCAGGGCUCCUUGUUCCAAAGUAUCCCAAACCACUCACAGCCUAACCCUGUCCCCCAGAACCAGCUUUCCCAACCCCAGCAGACAGGUCUCCUCCUCUGCACCACAGAUCUUAACCCCCAGGCUAUUCCCCCAACUAUUCUGUUUAGCACCCAGACCCAAGGCCCUUCCCCUCUGGGGAGCAUUAGCGUUGGAAUCCCCCAGCCAGACACAGCAGAGCCCAUGUCCUUCCAAGACCAGAGCUCCUCAGGCAGCAACUCUACAUCCACUGAGAACCAACAGCAGAGCCUGUACCAGGAACAGCAGCCAAUGCAAGUAGGCCUGAGUUCCAGCAGUGUCCCGAGCAGUCAACCUGUGGAGCUCUUCUUGCCACAGACAUCUCUGUCCAGCCUGCAGAGCACUAUUGGCUCACAAGACCUGAACAACCAGGCUCCAGCCUCUGGCACCACCAUCUUUGUGGUACAGAGUGGUGUGGGUAUGGUAGCCAACCCUGGCCAGCAGCCCCCAGAGCAGCUUUUCCAGACCACUGUGGGUGGGAAUGUGGCUCCACAAGGACAGGCCAACCUGUUUGUGUUUGGCAUCCAGAAUGACUCGCCCCAGCUCCUCAACUCCUCUGGACCCACGCUGCAAGCUCAGGGCCAGCCCCAGAACUCCAGUCACAUGCAGCCUCUGUUGGACCAGCCUAUGGCCCAAGCUUCCCCCACCAUGCACAGCAGCUUACAGAACACCCUUCAGGCACAAAUGCAGUCCAGCUUAGAGAACGCCAUGCAGAGCAGUCUACAGAAUGCGAUGCAGACAAACACGCAAACAGCUCUGCAGUCCACUUUACAGGCAACCAUAGAAACAAGCUUGUCAACUCCAAUGCAGACCAAUCUACAGACACAGAUACAGAGCAGCUUACAUAAUCAAUUGCAGGCAUCAAUGUCUGCAUCGUCCAACAUGGAUAAAAUUGAGGACCUAUUGGAAAGUCUACAGAAGCAGUGAUAAAUGUUAGGACCAUGUGGGAACUAAGGAGAGUGAGUGAUAUGUAGCCGAGAGUUGUACAUUCUUACACCAACUAACAGAACGGUGGUGUGUGGUGUUUUUUGCCAAUGCCACAAAACUUAGAAAAAAAUCUAAUAUUUAAGAAUUAAAUUCCCCUUUUACCUAAAACCCAAAUUAUGAGAUCACAUAACUCCGUUUUUAUGCAAUAGUUAUAGCCUUCAUACAUCCAUUGUCCUUGAAUCGAAAAAUUCGCCUUUGUUAUUACCCCUCUUGCAGGAACAGAGAGGCCUGUAAUAACUGCUUUAUCCAUCAGUCUCAGAAAUGCAGUGUUUUCUUGUUAAUGUUUUAAUAAUAUGAGCCUAAGAGAUGAUAAUGGAAAAGAAAACUACCCGGUGUGGUGAAAAAACUGGAGAGGGAUAAAGAAUGUCAGCGACAGGGAAACGGGGGAAUAGUUAUG